GUAGAAAUAGUACUUAAGUAGUGCACAAUUUAUUUAUAUUUAAAUAAAUACUUCAUCCACCUUAAUUUGUAGUAAUGUAUACGAUUAAAAUAUGAUUUAAGGUAAAUUUACUAUCCAUCUAAUAUUCAGUGGUAAACAAAUAAUACUUAAUACCGAAAUUUUAACCUAUUUCAAAGCUGUGUUUUCGUAAUAAGAAAAAACUAAAAUGAAUUUAGUAAGAAGAACAGCAGUGCCGCUGUGUCGUGCUUUUUCAAAUACACCUGUGCGGCUUUGUGCUGUACCACCUAAACGUCCAUCGAAAAAAUAUUUUGGACCCAUUACAUGGAAGUCCAUGUCGAUAACUGCGUUAGUUGGCGGCGGACUAACAGCUUUCUUGUUAUAUGUGAGGAAAGAAAAACAUGAAGCUAUAGAUCGCGAAAGGAAGCGACAAUUAGGAAAAGCAAAAAUCGGUGGAGCAUUUGAACUAGUUGAUUCUGAGGGUAAAUUAGUUAAAAGCACUGAUUUCUUAGGAAAGUGGCUUUUAAUAUACUUUGGAUUUACACAUUGUCCUGAUAUAUGCCCAGAUGAGUUAGAAAAACUUGCUGAGGUUGUAGACAAACACGAUAAUACACCUUCAUCACCUCCUCUGCAACCUAUUUUCAUAUCGGUUGACCCCCAGAGAGAUACACCUGAGCUUGUUGGAAAGUAUUGCAAGGAAUUUACGCCGAGAUUGUUAGGUUUGACGGGCACCAAGGAGCAAGUGGCGCAAGCCUGCAAGUCAUAUCGGGUUUAUUUCAGCGCGGGUCCCCAAGAUGGAGACGAUGAUUAUAUUGUUGACCACACAAUUAUUAUUUACUUAGUAAACCCGGACGGAGAAUUUGUUGACUACUACGGACAGAACAGAAAUGCUAAAGACAUCCAUGACUCGAUACGGAUCAAUAUCCAGAAACAUGAGGCGGCUAAAAAGGGUGCCUGGUUUUAAACUGGGAUUGAAAGUUGAAAUAUGUUGAUGCAUUUAAGUGAGAUUUAGAGUUAGGUCAAUUGUUGAAAUUAAAUAUUUAUUGUAUGAA